CCCGUUUGAAGGCUGGGUGACCAUUGUCCACGGCAGUUAAGUAAAGGCGAAAUUGUUGAGGGAUAAGCAUGCUGUUUUUACAACUUUUCGUCAUACUUUUGACAUGCCACAAAGGAAAGGCAGCUACAGAUAGUCCUACUACCUACGAAGCAGAUUCUAUAGAUGCUUGCCAAAAGAGAGUGAUUGAAGAAUGUUCAGAACAUUCGAAGGGGCUUUUGAAAGCUAUCGAAAGUGGAAGUGGGCGACGGUUGAAGGAGGAGUGUGACUCGCUGCAAGUAAGUAAACUUGCCCUCUUUUCAAACAAGCAUAGCAAGUUUUAAUUCACUUAACAAAAUAGAAACUUGCGUAAUUUGAGUGUUACACUUCUGUUUUAUGGGAAUGGCAGAAAAUUCGAAUAAUUUUAACGACAUUCAGCUCUUUCAGAAUCCGUGCAUUUUUCUUCUUCAUUGAGUGUUACUGUUUACCCAUUGUACGUGCAUUUAACUUAAACCAUUCAAACUGCAGUCAGACUAGAAAACUUUGGUGAAGGUUUAAAAAUAAAAAGUAAAUUAAAAAUAAAACAUAAAUGAUAAUAAUAAUAAUAAUAAUAAUAAUUUAUUAAACAUAUUUUAUUGAUAACAAUUCUCACUAUUAAAAUUCUAUUUACAAUUAAUUCACUUUAAAAAAAAAACUAUUUCGUUAAAACACUUUUUACAAUUCCUGUCGUUAAAAAACAACACUUAGUUUUGAUUAGAAAAAUAUUCAUUUCAUUAAACAAGAAUUAUUCAAAUUAAGAACAUUUCAUUUCAAUUAAAACAAUUCAGUUCGAUUAAAAAAAAAAAGAAGAAAAUAUUUUCAAGGCCAAUUGCAUUCUUACUAAGAUAAUCAAUAAUUCCCCCUUUUUAGUGAUUUUUUUUAGUAUAAUAAUGGUAAUAAUCAGUGAUAAUAAUAAAAAUAUAUAAUAGUGAUUAUGAUAUUAAUAACAAUAAUAAUUAUUCAAUACUUAUUUCCAGUUUCUGUGCUUUGUUUUUUCUUUUUUAAUCAUAUAUUUUUUCGUUUUUCUCUUGGUUUGUCUUCCCCUUACGCCUCCUGCUAGCCUUUUACCCGAGCGACGUGAGGUUUUGCUAUAAACGUCUUAUUGUUGAGAGCAGGGAGGUUGCUAAUUUCUGACUCGGGGUUCGGUUGUCCAAACGACGAUAUUUUAGAUUAAACUUUGUCCCUUGUUUUCUUGGGUCUUAUGCUGAGCGCCUUCUAAACCAACCUAGAGGCAGGUAUAUUUUUAAACAGUUACAUUCUUUUGUGAUGCAAACAGUGGAGCCUCGAUAUAACGGACCUCCAUAUAACGAAGUCCUCGGUGUAACGACCGAUUUUCUUUACCCCAGCAAUAGUAAAACAUGUGAAAAAGAUCCUCAAUAUGACGAAACAGCUCUUUAUAGCGAACAAAUUUUGACAGUCCCUUGGCCCUGCGUUAUAACGAGGUCCCACCGUAAUCACUUACUAAUCGCAAUACUUCGAUCAGGCAAUGACGUCAUUUGGAUGUGCGAGGAUUUUUGUAGUCUCGUGUUUAAGUUUACAGAGCAGAAUUUGAUAAUCUAUUUUCUGCGAUGUUGAAUGCUUUGAACAAAUCUGUUUAGGAAAAACUUCAGCAGAGUUUAUUUAAUUUGACCAAACCGACUCUUUAUUUAACAAGAUGAACGAGUUUAAGAGAGUUAGAAUCCAGAUUCCUUGAGACCCAACCUGACACAAAAUUUCCACGUAAACCAGGGGCACCCAACGACCGUUUUACCUCCUAAAUAUAUUGAAAACACCUAUUAGACUAUAGAGAGUACUUUUGGAUCUCUAGAAAUGCAUUCUAAGCGGCGCUAUAAAAUUUGUAAUUGUUCGGUCAUCCUAGGGAAACUUGAGUCUUUUCGAAAAUUACAAGGGCUUCAGUAUUAUUUUCUGGAAAAUUUUAGUCGCAAAUGAACGUUUUAAGAAAGUGAGAAGUCUUCUGAUUCCUCUCUACAUCACAUUUUUGAGUUCGAAAAUUUUAAGUUUCCUUUUUUUAAGAAAAAUAGCCUAACUUGGGGAAUGAAAUGUGAAAAAAUGGAUUUGCAAAUAUAGGGAAUUGAUUCGAAAAUUGUUCAUGAAUGGAACGGUCAUCUGGAAAUUUUAAUCCGUCCUCAGCCAAGAGAAAAUUUCAAGGCCAUAUUUGCCUCUCCGAACAGAUAUUUUACACAAAACAGUCGUUGGGUGCUCCUAUACGCUCUGCAAACAGAGCGAGGACGAUUUUUUCAUGACUCUUUCAGAAAGAACUUGCAUGAAUAGUAGUGAUAUGGUUCUCUUGAUAGUAAGCAGUUCAGGGUCAUCAGGUUUAAGAGGGAAAUUUCCUUGGCAAAAUUUAACUGAUACGUUUUAUAUCCUAAAGCUUUUCUGAGUCUAAACGAUUUAGAAAUUUUUAAGUCCUUCGGUAAUUGACACUGAAUUGAAGGUUUUUAUUCUUUCCGUCACCGAAGAGGGAAUGAAAAGAGGACUUGGAAACGUGGCAAGUACCUUCUCGGCUAAAUUAGAACUUUGAACCUAGGUAACAAUAUUUACAUGUGACAGAAAAUGUACAAAUUUAAUGGAAGAAGUUAUAGUAACAGAUGACACUAGAGCUGCCUCCGCUCUCUAUGUUGUCGGUCAAUAGUAUUCUUGUUCUUUGUGUGGCUCUUUGAAAUAUAUCGAUUAAUACUGAAGAUUUUUUAGCCACGUACUCCAUACAAUGGGUGCAGAGGUAAAAACAGGAAACGCAAGGUUCCAUCAUGACUGAUUUAGGUCGAUUUACACAGCUUUCAUUAAAAAAUGCUCAGUUUUGAGAUUUGAUUAGAAGUGGUAUGAACUUUUCUCUAUUUCUCCUUCACUUAUUACAUAAUACGGUUCAUUUUUUUAGCCGGUAAGUAAGCCUUAGAAAUUGAAAGGUUUGAUCAAUUCAGGCUCGCGCGUUCUGGUCAUUUUUUUAAACUAUUAAAACAAUGCUUUAAGAAAAGACGUUAUAGGAGGACAUCUGCGAGCAUUGCAUACGUCAGCACAACAUUUGUCUGCGAAUUUCUGUAAUCGUCCAUCGGUCUGCUAGUGAUAAGCUAACUGUUGAUUCACUCAUUUGCACAGGGAAAUUUGCUUGUUUGUGGACUGAGUCUUAUUCCCUCCAAAAGAUUUGUGCCCGGCAAGCCCAGCUUUUCUAGGAUUUGUGUAUGAUAAACUGGUGUCUGGCAAUCUCUUGCUCGAUUUUUGAAAAUAUUAUCGCCAGAUGGACCUUUUGCGUCCGACAGUUUUUUUCGGCCAAAAACUCCGAAGUAGCUAUCAUAAAAACUAAGACUGCAACCAUUACUUUUUUUCUCUUCUCCUCCUUUCCUUCUCGGCCUUAAGAAACCUGCCUUUUGACGCCUUUUCAUUCAAAUGACUGCAACUUUCGUUAGGUUGGUUCAAAAAAUCGGUUAUUUAAACACAGUUAUACGCCCCUUAUAACUUCAUCCGCGCUUAACGAUUGUCUUUUGGUCCAUGACUUUCAAAACAGUUGCUCCACAGAAUGUCACUGUACACACGUAACGCAAUAAGUGUCAAAAAAUCAACCUAUAAGCGGUCCCUUUGGGGGUUUUCUGUUUUAAGUCCUAACCAUCUCUUACUAGCGGGAGUGAACAACAGAAACAUUAUCAUUACCCAACGAUUCUAUGCGGCCCCUAAUCAGGCAAAUCGAGAAUUUUUAUGGCAUACGUCUGACUGUAUAUUUCAACUGUAAGAAACUGUAAGUACUUUUCGUUUUCUAUAUACGUAUACGCGCGAGCAACUAGGAUGCCUCCUCGGGAUAUUGCCUUCUGGGCGAAAUCCCUGCGGGGCAUAAAAGAGUACUAAUAUAUAGAUUUAGCCAGGACUAAAAGCGAAGCUCUUGUUAAUAAUACUUAUAUAUUAUAAACAAAAAAAUAAAUCGUACAAUGCUAAACGGGAACGGCAAUGAAAAUGGCAUCAAGGUCAAUAGAUCUAAUUAGCAAAAAAGAAAAAAAACAAAACAAAUUGCACGUGCAGCACACUUUUUUCUAAUUAGCAAAAAAACAAAUUUGCACGUGCAGCACGCUUUUUGUCUUUCUUUGCCGUUUUUUUGGACAACUGCAACGCUGUUUUGUAGGACUAAAUCAUCAAACGCCCUAGUUACACAUUAUUUUUAUGGAGGAAUUGUCGUAUGUGCUUCACCCCAAUAUUUUGUUUCCUGUGUUCAUGUUCGCUUAUAUUUUUCACUGCUCCUCAUUUUCACCUUGCUGGCCGCUAGAAUUUCUCAUUGUCUCACCGCCGCUUUAAAUUUUCAUGUUUUUCUUCCUACAAAAUUCGUCUCUUUUAUUUGCAAUCACUGGCUCUAGCUCUUUCUCUGUUAUCCACGUGAGUGUAAACAUCAAAAAUAAUUUCGAAAAAGACACGACUUUGUUGUUGUCUUUUAUUUCUUGAAGUCCGGGCGGUCAUGCGAUUUCUUUCCAAAUAAACCCUUGAGUUGCAUUUGGUUGCCAUACAGGGGCCGGUUGCUCGAAGCCUGGUUAGCGCUAACCGUUGGUUAAGAGGUAUCAAAAUGUAAAGGUUUCCAUGGUAUUUAACGCUGGUUAGCACUAACCAUGCUUCGAGCAACCCGGGCCAGGUUGGUUCAAUUAUUUUACAUUGGUAUGCCUGUGGUGCGGACAGACUCUCCGGCGGUCGGUCGGUGUACGGUCACUUGAUUACCAAAUUUUCUAGGAUGGGUAGUUUACCACAUUAACCUACCCAUGGUGCUCACCAGCGCGCGCUUCGCGCGCGAGAGCUCCGCUAUGAACACCCCGCUGAACUCUUUAUUCCAAGCGGUUUCCAAUUUAUGACGCAUUGGUUGGUUCGCCCGGGCGACAAAGCUUUAGUUGGAGUUGAGGCUUUGUUCACAGGGCACCUUUCAAUACUUUUGGUCUAUUCACACAGAACUUUGAUUGGGUAGUCUUCUCAAUUUUCGUACAGUAAAGGCAAGGUGGUUCCGUAUGAACAAAACACUGAGGCGGCGGAGCGUUUUGAAACGUGGGAGGGAGGGGGGUUCAUCUUCCACUUAGCCAUUCACAUACCCAUACUCUAAUUUUCCAAAAUACCCUUUGCGUUGUUCGUUGGCACAAGCAAUCUUCACAGUGUCUAGUGCGUCCGUAAUCGAUUUGUGAAAUGCAUCAGUAGCCGUUUGUUCAGGCGGCCUUGCUUCACUGCUUCUGACGAAGUUCUUAAGUCUUCUGAGGUCUGAAGUUGCCGAUGUCGCAGGUACUGUCAAACGUAAAAGUGUUUUUCGGGGGGGAGGGGGGAGGGGCUAAGGACCUCCUGCUCCCCCCUACACCGCCGCCUAUAAAACACCUAAACGCACGAAUUUUCAAACGGUCAAAAAUAACUUCGUCCUUUGCCGUGUGAACUUUGCCUCAUAGAGUGUCUUAUUGGCGUGGGUGGGUGGGUGGACGUGGGCCGUGCGGCUUUGUUCGAGGGUGGUGGGUUGAGCCCAGUAGAUUAGUUGUGGGUAGUGGGUUGUCCUACCCAUGAUGAAAGAACAGCAACUGUUGACCGUGAACAUAAACUACUAGGGGGGCUGGGGAAGACCACGUUACUUUUCUUUUGCUAACGGAGCUAGCAAUCGAAAACUUUAUCUCCCCUCCCAAAAAACAAAUAAUUUAUUCCACUGUGUUUUGGUGUCUUCCUACCAACAUGAAAUGUUUGCCAAAGAAAAUCUCAAGUAACUAUGGUUUCUACACCGCUGAGCAAUGGAAAAACUGGAGACCGAUUUAUUCGUUGUAUACUCUUGAGGGAAUUUUUGGAGAUAAUCAUCUUCAGUGUUGGUUACUCCCUUCGUCUUAUGAAUUGAACGGUUUUAAUAGUUUAAAAUCUUUAUGGCGUGACAGUAAAAGCCACCAAUUAAGGACGACCUAAAGAGAACUAAGGAAUAUUUCUUACAAGACUUGUUUAUUUUGUUGGCAUUUAUUUCAAUUACAGGCCACCAUAGAUUGCAUUGCUGUCCCUCGUUGUGCUGGAAACCUCAUGCAAGCAUUUCGCUACAUAGUUCUAACGACAGCAAAAUCCCUUCAGAAGAUUAAGAAAACGUCAACUUCCUGUAGCAAACUUAACGUCUCAAUGUUAGAGCGUUAUGUGAAAGGUAUGUUGUUGGCUUAGAAUUUUGGUCAAAGUUGACUCCCGAUAACUCGAAUCCUCCCUAAAAGGAACCUCGCGCUAACUCGAGCCAUAGUCGACCGAUAUCCCCUGGAUUUCCCUCAAAAAUUUGGUGUAAUUUUACCCUCGGUAAUUCGAACUCUCCAUAAUUAUAACUCGAGCCUCCCGCCACAUCGAAGUAAUUUUUGUUGCCCUUCAGAUCAUUUCUAUAAUAUAUAGAUUUAGCCAGGCCUAAAAGCGAAGCUCCCGUUACUAAAUUUACAAUUUAAAUCAAACAAUAAACAAGUCAUCCAGAAAUCAGUUAACUUUAGGGCACAUUAAUGUGACUUUGAGGCAAAGUCAAGUUGUGCAAGAUCUAUUGCGGCAUUUGACAUCGGCUUACAUGAAGUGUGUGUACGGGUGGGCGGGCGUACACUACGUCAUAACCAAAUUUUCUCGGAUGGAUAGUUUACCAAAUUUUGUUACCCAUGGUGCUCCGCUGCGCGCGCUUCGCGCGCGAGAGCCCCGCUAUAAUUUUACCCUCGAUAAAUCGAACCAUGCUACAAGCGCGUGGCAAUUCGGGGAAAAAACCAUGUACUAAAGUUCGAAACUUUGAAUUUAUUUCAAAACAAUCGUGUCAAUUCUUUAUCUUUACUUUUUUGUCACAGGGAUGGACACUGAAUUUUAACUGGAGUAUGUUAACCGAGCUCUGUUGAUUAAUUGCAUUCCCUCCCCAUCCAUCGGCUUAUUUCUCUAUUUUCGGUUAAAUGCUUCCAAUUCCAGAUAACCGGAACUUUUAUCGAUUUACCUAGAAGGUUCGAGUUAUCGGGAGUCGACUGCAAAAGCUCAAUGGAAGAUGGAUGAAGCUUAGGUUUCAUUAGCCUUCAGCGCAUGCACUUAAGUGAUGUAUUUUAACAACUAGUAUAGCUUUUCCUUUGAGACUAUUCAACCCAAACAUUGACAUGCAUGUAUCAUUUUCAAUAGUGAAGUCCGUCUGAGCUCUUGUAUGGGAAAUUCCGUCCCAUAGUCAACUAUCCAUGAGCGACCACGCAUCGUUAACCACCAGCUCUCGUAGAGAUUACCUAGUACCUAAAACAAAACAACAAAAAGCGCUUUAGACAGGAACAUAAACAGAAAAAAAAUUCAUGUGCAAUGGCCCUUACUCAUAUAUGACACUCAUCCAAGUUGGCUGCCCGUAAAGCAAAGUGCUCAUUCAAUUUCCACGAUCUUACAGAAAAAUAGGGGACUGUGAACAGUCUACAGAAGAGAGCCCUGAGGAUCGACUUCUGUAGGCGAUCAGCCCCUUCGGCUUGAGCGACCACUAAAUCUUGACCUUUUUUAUGAAAACAGGGUCACUAUUUCAAGCGAUAAGACUAGGAAAAACAAUCGGUUAGCGGGUUAUGAAACAGGUGAAGGAUAGUGUGUCUGGUUCCGAAAUAAUCUUCAACGUUUUGAUCGUUCAGGCAUCUCUAAUGCUUCCUUUCUAUUAGUUCAAGAAACAUAUUUAAAAUCAAAUACUCAGUUGAAGGGCUUCUUAUUAUCAAUAUUUUGCUACAGGUGAAAUUUCAUUUUUAUAUCAGAGCUCUUGCGCCUGAGUUCCAUUUUCUAUAAAAUACCAAGUAUUUUGCUGUCCGUGCAUCGUCGUCGUUCGUCAGUACAGGCUCUAAGGGAGGGGGAGGACGGCUGUCUAGUUCAUUUUGUUAAUAUUGCCAAUUACAUGUCCUUAUGCGCCAUGGAAAUUAACGGUAGUCUAGAAAUGAAUUUACUUGUAAAUGACGAAAUUACAGUUUCUCGUCCAACAAAUACGCCUUCUACGCGUCUGUGAUCUCAAACUCUACAAGAGUCUUACAAACUAACGAAAACGAACUGUGAAAAACUGUCCAUCCGUCCAUUUGUAUUUACAUUGUUAUUUAUACCUUCUUUAAUGUUCAGAUCGGUUAUUUCCAUUUUUCACUAAAUUCGGUGAAUUUUGAUAAAUUUCGUGACACAGCCUCCAAAACAGCACGAUUCCUCAAACAAAGACGUAAACGUUCUUUAUCAGGUUAUCAGGAAGAGUGGGUUCAUAUGAUUAAUGACACAUUGUUUGUGAGGUCAUACUAGACGUCUUCCCCAAGGCUCCACAUGGGGAAAUAGCUUGGGUUGGGUCCACUCUAGCCUCCCACGCAACCGAUUUUAGGGGAGCUCGUUUUUCAUCCCUCCCCACACACAACUGUCGAUUGGUCACUUUCCACGCAAAAAAAAAAACAAUGGGAAAGAAUGUUGUUUUCGGUUGAGCAGGCGUUUGUGGGGAGGGACGAAAAACGAGCUCCCCCUAAAAACGCCUGCGUGGGAGGCCAGGUCCACUCUGCGUUUUGAUGGAUUUCAGGUUUGCGGUAACACAGCGAUAAAUUGCCCAAAGGUAAGAAAAAACUUGAAUCCGGUUUCGCGGGAAAACGUCACUAUAAAACAUUGACUGCUGACAUAAAUCGUAAACGUUUUCGACUAUUUUAGCCUUUUAAAAAUAAGACCUGCACCUCAAUUAAGCUCAGCAAGAGCGUUUCAGGCCUCAAUUUUGAGACUAAUUAAAAACGAAUACGUCGACUUCAUCCACACUUAAAAGAAAGGCAAAUUCUCGGCGCUCAACAGUCAAAAGUACGGGUUUACAAACUGAAUGGUUCCAACGGCAUCAUAAGGAAAGAAUUCAUGGACACUGAUGUAAAGAAAACUUGUGAUUGUUUCAAGGUGCUUUUGAAUAAACUUUGAGUCCAAGUGAUUUCUGUCUUGGGUUAAUACUUUUGUUCUGUUUGACGUAUUCAUAGAAAUUUUCCAGAGGCAAUUUCACCUUGCGAAAUCGCUCAAACACAAAAAGUUGCUUCCUCAUCGGGAAUCGGCCAUUUGCUCAUGGGUAAAAUCGCUAACGUGACCACACUUAUUGUGUCCAUGUGUUAUCGAAGUUGGCACCAAGUGGGUUAUACAGAUUUUCCUGUCUUGCUGAUAUCACGGGCUCACGUCACCAUAUAACUCAUCGAAUAAAGCUCGCUGCUGACCAGUCAUACACCUUUUCACUUGACCUGGGGCUGCAGUCUUAAUUUCUUGUUUCGUGACUCUGUAAAGCGUUUUUGUAUAGCAAAAGGUAAUCUUUACAAGAACAUCUUUGAGAGGGAAUUUAAAGUACGAGUAUCAUUUCGUAUUUGACUGGUUGAGAAUCACGCAACUGUACUUAAAUUUCUUUCUUUUAGGUCUCAGUAUUGCCUGCGUAGAAAAGAAAAAUAUAAAAGACACAUGUGAUAGGAAUUGUGUAUGUCUGAACGGCGACCUAGUCACUUGCGCCAGAGUACGGAAAGAGUUUACUAAAAUGAGUCUUGAAGAACGAACACGCUUCAUAAAUGCUUUCAAGCUGGUUUCGACUGAUCCACGCUACAAAGACGACUAUCGGAAACUAACAACAAUGUAUUCAAAUAUACCAAAGGAUAUAAUCAACCACGAUACCUCAGUAUUCUUACCAUGGUACAGAGGGUACCUGUUAGAACUUGAGAACAUGCUUCGCCAGAUCGAUUGCCGGAUAACAAUUCCUUAUUGGGAUUGGAGUAAAGACGCGGCGCACUGGAACCGAGGUUCUGAGAUCGAAGAUGUGUGGAAUUCAGGUCCCAGCGGUCUGGGCGGCAAUGGCAUCCUCCCCGACAUGUGCGUAAUGGAUGGUCCUUUUAAAGAGGGUGAAUUCUCCAUACCAUGGUAUGCUAAGGGAGGUUGCUUGAAAAGAGACUUUAGUCAAUCUUGCAACUUACCAAACACAGAGUACGUCAAAGCUCUCCAACACCAGGAGUUUUUAACCUUUGAGAAAUCAAUCCGUGAAGUUAUCCACAGUAGCUUUCAAGAAUGUGUUGGUGGGAGUAUGGAUAGUACUUUGACAUCCACGUACACCCCAGAGUUCUGGCUUCACCAUGCUUUUAUCGACAAAGUUUGGAUGAAGUGGAAGGGCAAGGGCUCCUCAGAUUUGGAGUAUUACCGACAUUUGACUUUUAAACUUCCGGGGUUUGAUAAGUUUCCGUGGGAAUAUGCAAUUGGUACAGUAUUACCUGGCGACGUAUCCGUACAGUAUGAAGAAUGA